AUGGCGAUUGCGCCGAAAACGACGGACAGGCCGCCGAAACCAAAGAUAAUCGGUUCUUGUCGUUUGUCGAUUGCGUUCUGUGUGUUCUUGGCGGCAAUACAAUCGUCGUUGCUCCGGGACAACUUGGGACUCGCGUUGCUGUGCAUGUCCAAACCGACCGGUAACACGACGUGCGACACGAGCGAUGCCGUCAUGCCGUCCAUUCCGGGUUUCGGGCACAAGAAAAAUUGCGAAUUCGACUGGGACAUGGAGCUCCGCGGCCGUUUGCUCAGCGCGUUCUUCUACGGUUACAUACUGACCACGAUGGUCGGCGGCUACAUGGCCACCCGGUACGGGGCCAAAACGCCGUUCAUGUGGGGCGGUAUCGGCAACUUGGUGGUGCACGCGCUUUGCCCAACCGCCGCCGUGGUACACACCGAAUUGUUUUUCGCGUGCCGUGUCGUGCAGGGUCUGCUGUCCGGUCUGACCAUAGGCCCGUUGUUCCAACUGUUCAGCCCGUGGACCACCGACGACGAAGGCACGUGCCUGUUCAAUUUCGGCUUCAGCGGGUUCGCCCUGGGCACGAUCGUCACUUAUCCGAUGAGCGGCAUGCUGUGCACCGCCGAGGUGUACGGCUACGGCGGUUGGCCGUUGAUAUUCUACGUGCCGACCGCCAUCAGCGUGUUGUUCGUCGUCUACUGGUACAAGUACCUGUACGACGUGCCCGACAACCAUCCGAACAUCAGCCAAGAGGAAUACGAUUACCUGUUGGAGAACGUCGGCAUUAGCGACGAGCCGGCCGUGAUCCCGUGGUUCUCGAUUUUCACCUCGAUGCCGUUCAUCGCGUACAUGGUGUCCUACACGGUGUUCAUGUGGAACUACCUGACAAUGAUCAACAGCAUGCCGAUAUACAUGCAGACCAUGUUGAACGUCCAUUCCCGCGAGAACGGAAUCAUGAACAGCAUACCGUACUCGUGUUCGUUCGUCACGCGUCUAAUAAACGCCCAGACCUACACGGCCGUGAGAAACGCGCUGGGCGUGUCCAACACAGUCGGCAGAAAACUCUAUCACACCGCCGGUUGUAUGCUGAUAAUAACGUCGUACGUGUACAUGGUAAUGGAACCGAACCUCACCAAGUGGCACGUGGUCGCCGCGAUGACGGCCAUUCUAUCGUUGGGCGAUUUGGCUUACACCGGCGGCUUCUUCCCGACGCUACUCGAGUUGGCACCCAACUACGUCGGGCUGCUUUCGGGAAUAGCCACGUUCGUGUCGUACGCGAUCAGCAGUUCGUCGUCCGUGGUCAACAGCAUGAUUGUCAAAGAAUCCACCAAAAACGAUUGGAAUAAUCUGUUCUGGUUUGUCGCCGGCAUGUUCGUGUUCACCAUGGUGUUUUAUUGGAUAUUCGGUUCGGCGUCGGUGCAAAAAUGGUCUACGGUGCAGCACCCAGUAAGCGAAUCGGGACGUUCGCGUUCCACUUUGCUGAUGACACGUUCGUACGGCAUGUCCAGAACAAUGUCGAUGAGACGACCUACACACAUGUUUUAA